AUGCUCAGACGUACAUCCUGCAAACCGGAGUCGUCACUUACCCAGUUUGCACUAGCUCCAGGCAAGUCUAAAUGCAGAUCAGGCCAAAUAGCAUCGAGCCUUAUGAAAAAGGAACAUGCCGGUAAAUUGAGAUCGCAUCACAAUGCUCAUCGUUUCCUGCAUCUUUGGUCCAGUCCGACCGUGAAUCCUGACGACGUCUGCACGGAAAGCGUGGCGCGGGAAAGAGUGAGGAAACUGAUCCCCGUCUGCUUGAAAUGGAAAGUGGAAAGUAUUUCGCGAUCUCGAAUAUCAUCUUCAAAUUUCACCAAAGGCAUAGCAGCACUUGGACGCUGGUUGAAAUAG